AUGGCUUCCAGAUCAGAGGAGGAUCUCUGCUGUCCGGUCUGUCAUGAGGUCUUUAGAGAUCCUGUUGUUCUGUCAUGUAGCCACAGCUUCUGUAAAGACUGUCUGAAGAGCUGGUGGAGAGAGAAACCAACACAUGAGUGUCCAGUUUGUAAGAGAAGAUCUUCAAGAACUGAUCCACCUCUUAACCUGGUGUUAAAGAACCUGUGUGAGUCCUUCUUACAGGACAGAGAUCAGAGAGCUUCAGAGGCUCUCUGCAGUCUGCACUCUGAGAAACUCAAACUCUUCUGUCUGGACCAUCAGCAGCCAGUGUGUCUCGUCUGCAGAGAUUCAGAAAAACACACCAACCACAGAUUCAGACCCAUCAAUGAAGCUGCACCACAACACAAGAAGGAACUUGAGGAAACUCUGAAACCCUUAAAGGAGAAGUUAAAGGUUUGUGAAGAAGUUAAAGUGAAGUUUCAUCAAACAGCAAAACACAUUAAGGUCCAGGCCCAACACACAGAGAGGCAGAUUAAGGAGCAGUUUAAGAAGCUUCACCAGUUUCUAGAAGAGGAAGAGGAGACCAGGAUGGCUGCUCUGAGGGAGGAAGAGGAGCAGAAGAGUCAGAUGAUGAAGGAGAAGAUGGAGGCUCUGAGCAGAGAGAUAGCAGCUCUUUCACACACAGUCAGAGCCACAGAGGAGGAGCUGAGAGCUGAAGACGUCUCAUUCCUGAACAACUACAAGGCUGCAGUGGAAAGAGUCCAGCGCUGCCCCCUGCUGGAUGAUCCACAGCUGCCCUCAGGAGCUCUGAUAGACCAGGCCAAACACCUGGGCAACCUGGCCUUCAACAUCUGGAACAACAUGAAGGAGAUGGUCUCCUACACUCCUGUCAUUCUGGAUCCAAACACUGCUCAUCCAAAACUCAUCCUGUCUGAAGAUCUGACCAGUGUGAGAUAUGGUGGAGAGAGACAGCUUCCUGAUAAUCCAGAGAGGUUUGAGUUGGUACCGUCUUUCCUGGGCUCUGAGGGCUUUAACUCAGGGGCUCACAGCUGGGAUGUCGAGGUUGGAGAUAAUAAAUGCUGGAGACUGGGUGUGUUAUCAGAGUCUGUUCAGAGGAAGAGAUUCAUACAGUCUGGAUUAUGGACAAUAGUGUUCUUUAAAGGUAAAUACUCAGCAUAUUCACCACCAGCUCCCUCCACUGUUCUCUCAGUGAAGAAGAAGCUCCAGAGGAUCAGAGUGAAUCUGGACUGGAACAGAGGAAAUCUGUCGUUCUCUGAUCCUGAUACUAACACACACAUACACACCUUCACACACACUUUCACUGACACAUUGUUUCCAUACAUUUACACUGAUGAUAAACUGAAGAUUUCUCCACUGAAGGUCUCUGUGACAAAGCAACAGGUGUGAUGGAUGUCUGUAGUUUGUACAUAAAGUGAUGUGUAUGUUUCUUUAAGGACUGCUGGACUGUUCAGUAUUGUGUGAGGUGAUUGGUUAGAUGUGUGUUCUGUUGACCAAUCAGAGAUUAGUACCAUAGAGGGGUAAUUUGGGGCAGUAAUCAGUGAAGGAUGGCGACCAGAGUUAUAUUGAGCUGCAGUCACAAUUAUACAGUGCUGAGUGUGAGUUUUGGUUUAUUAGUUAUAUAUAUUAAGACAAUUUAUUGAUAUUUCACAUUUUGUG